GGCAACAAAUCCAGACGGACAGCUAACGUUUUGCUUAAAUAUUUUUAUCAGUUUGUGAAUUGUAUAGUGAACUAGUGAACAGUGAAGUAAUAGCGAAUGGGUGAGGAAGCCUUGGCAGUAAUAUGGCAAGCAAAGAAGAGAACAAAACGUUGAGUCAGGUGUACCAAGAGGAAUUUCAACCGGAUUAUUACAUUAAUCGAUAUUAUUCGGGCAUAGAUGCUGGAAACGAGUUCUGUCUAAAGAAUCUUCAUCAAUUCUUUGAACAAGAAUGUGGGGAAAAUAAAAACAGGAAAAAAGUUUUGGAAGUUGGUUCGGGACCUGUACCACUUUACGUAAUGUCAGCAAGUCGUUGGAGUAAUUCAAUUGUCUGUAGCGACUUCCUCCAACAAAACAGAGAAAAGUUGACCCAAUGGCUCUCAGAUGGACGGGAGGCUGACGAGAUUUGGUCAUCGUAUGCUCUUUAUGUUGCACAAUUGGAGUCUGAAAGUGCCGAUAAAGAAUCCGCAUUUCUCGUUUUGGACCGCGUCCGUCAUUCCGUUCGAUGUGUAAUACCGUGUGACGUGCUGCAAAGUGAUCCGAUUUUGGGCCACACAGAGUCCCCAUUCGACAUCAUCAUUUCGGUAUUUUGUCUUGAAUGCGCCGUAUCAUCCCCAAAAGAAUAUCCGAGUACUGUCUCCAAUGUAGUCCGCCUCUUGAAUCCUUCUGGACACCUCAUCAUGAUGGGAGGAUUAGAAGGUGAACAUUACUUUAUUCGAGACCGAAAGAUUCCAAGGAUCAAACUCACUCGGGAGAUGAUCAACUUGGCCUUGCAAAAUGCAGGGUGUGAAAUUGUUACCUGGCAUGAAUUACCGCGAAAUUUACGGCCUCCGGAACUUCCGAUUGAUUACACAGCAAUGUUCUUUUGUGUAGCCAAGAAAAUAUGUUGAUUUGAAAUUUUUGUUAACAGAAAACCCAUGAGAAAUGUAAAAAUAACAAGUUUGUUUUACCAUCAAGGAUCUUUCCCUUAUACCUGCAGGGUAACAGAAGGAGUUGAGGAAUAAAGUUGUUUAGCGAAUAUAA